ACCCUGUGCCUCAAAUUUACACAUUUCGCUUGUUUACACCGGUAAAAUCGCAUUUCGUUCGUUGCAAAAAAAUAUUAAUGGUCACUUAAAAUGGCACACGUCGAAAGUAUUCCGGUUAAUACCUUUCGGAAUUACCUAAGUAUAUUAAAUGAUCCGUCUGCAAGCGAAGACAUCAAAUUGAAAGCCACCCAGGAGUUGAGCGAACAUUUUGAAAUGAUAAUGCAAUCUCCGUCUUAUCCUUCAUUUUUGGAAAAUGCACUUAAAAUAUUUAUGCGUAUAUUACAAGAGGGCGAGCCUCAAUUUAUACAAGAAAACACAAUACAGCACAUUCGCAAACUUAUACUGGAGAUGAUACACCGACUGCCCAUUACAGAGAAUCUGAGGCAGCAUGUUAAGUCAAUUAUUACAAUGAUGCUUAAACUAUUAAAAACUGACAAUGAAGAGAAUGUCCUAAUCAGUCUUCGUAUAAUAAUUGAGCUGCACAAACAUUUCCGUCCAUCGUUUAAUCCUGAGAUUCAACUCUUUUUGGGAUUUGUUAAAGAAAUUUAUACAAAUCUUCCAAAUAAUCUAACAUCAAUCUUUGAAACCUCAAAUGAAAUUUGGAUCAGCGAUCUAAAAGACUUGGACUUGGAAAUGCUUUUGCCAGACACAUAUUCAGUUAAAACGAUACACGUAGAGAAGUCACUGGAGCACAAUUCACAGCAAAUGAUUUACAAUCUUCUGCCUCGUGGUAUAUUAUCCCUAAAAGUUCUCCAAGAGUUGCCCAUUAUUGUGGUAUUGAUGUAUCAAAUAUAUAAAAAUGCUGUCCAUCAAGAGGUCGCUGAGUUCAUUCCUUUAAUACUUACAACCAUCAAUUUACAGCCAACCGUACAUCAAAGAAAUUCAACCCAAAAGGAAGUAUUUGUAGACUUCAUGGGAGCUCAAGUAAAAACACUUUCAUUUUUGGCAUAUAUUGUGCGAAUAUAUCAAGAUAUUGUAAUUGCAAAUUCACAAUCUGUAUCAAAUGGAAUGUUAAAUUUAAUGGAAAAUUGCCCCAAGGAAGCAGCUCAUUUACGCAAAGAGCUUUUAAUUGCUGCGCGGCAUAUAUUUGCAACAGAUUUAAGACAAAAAUUUAUUCCAUCAAUAGACAAGCUAUUUGAUGAAGAUUUACUUAUUGGAAAAGGUGUCACAUUAGAUUCCAUUCGACCAUUGGCGUAUUCUACAUUAGCUGAUCUAGCACAUCAUGUCCGUCAAAGUUUAAGCUUAGAUGUCUUAGUCAAAGCCGUGCAUUUGUUUGCCCGAAAUGUUCAUGACGAGACACUUGCUAUUGGUAUACAAACCAUGUCGUGUAAGCUUUUAUUGAAUCUAGUCGAAUGCUUGCGACACCACAGUGAACUGGAACCACAGCGCUCUAGGAAUAUUCUAGGAACGCUGCUGAAAGUGUUCGUGAAGAAGUUUGAAACUAUCGCUCAAAUUCAACUACCUCUGAUCAUUCAAAAGUGCAAGGGACAACCUCCAGCCAGUGGAGCAGCGAACCCUAUUGGUUCAUUUAACAUACCUGCUCUGCCUUUAACAGAGAUAAAAGAUGAUCAGCUGGGAAGUGAUCAGACUAAAACCACGGCUGGUUCACAAUUGAUAUGUUCGGUGAAUGUAGCUGAAUUUCGAAGUUUGGUCAAAACCCUUGUUGGUGGCGUUAAAACAAUAACUUGGGGAUUUUUCAAUUCAAAGAUUCAUGUCUCCGAAUCAAGCAUGCAAAUGCAGGAAAAACUUUUCAGUCCUGAGAUAUUAUGCACAUAUAUUGACUUAGUGCAUUUUGCAAUGGAAGCGUUGGAUAUAUAUACGAUCAAUGUUAAUCCAAAUCAACAACGAGCAUCUGGACUGAUGUCUCGCAGCAAAGAGGAGAAGGAAGUCUUGGAGCAUUUUAGUGGCAUUUUUCUCAUGAUGCAUUCACAGAAUUUUCAAGAAAUAUUUGCUACUACUAUCGAUUUUUUGGUAGAACGAAUCUACAAAAAUCAAGCACUUCAGGUUAUAGCAAACUCAUUUCUAGCGAAUCCCACCACUUCGCCACUAUUUGCGACUGUGUUGGUUGAGUACCUUUUGGAGAAAAUGGAGGAAAUGGGCUCAAAUGUUGAACGAUCAAACUUGUAUCUCCGCUUGUUUAAGCUCGUUUUUGGCAGCGUUAGCCUAUUUCCUGUGGAAAAUGAACAAAUGUUGCGGCCACAUCUGCACAAAAUAGUUAUUCGCUCAAUGGAAUUGGCGUUGAUUUCAGAUGAGCCCUACAACUAUUUUCUACUUUUAAGGGCUCUGUUCAGAUCCAUUGGUGGCGGAAGUCACGAUCUUCUCUAUCAAGAAUUUCUUCCGCUGUUACCAAAUUUGUUGGAGGGCUUAAAUCGCUUGCAAAGUGGAUUUCACAAACAACAUAUGCGUGAUCUUUUCGUUGAGCUUUGCUUGACUGUACCUGUGCGACUCUCAUCAUUGUUGCCAUAUCUUCCCAUGCUCAUGGAUCCUUUAGUUUCCGCUUUGAACGGUUCCCCCACUCUUAUAAAUCAGGGAUUAAGAACUUUGGAACUGUGUGUUGACAAUUUGCAACCAGAUUUUUUGUAUGACCAUAUACAACCAGUAAGGGCAGCUUUGAUGCAAGCCUUAUGGAAAACAUUAAGAAAUCAAGACAAUGCAGCACUUGUUGCUUUUCGCGUGCUUGGCAAAUUUGGCGGAGGCAAUCGAAAAAUGAUGGUGGAGCCGCAAACUCUGCAUUAUGAUCAUAACCAAAAGCCAAAAAUCUCAAUAAUUACAUAUUUCCAAGAAUAUGAGAAACCAAUUGAAUUUCCCGUUGAGUAUGCAAUUGAGUCGGCCUUCAAAGCAUUGAGCUCAAACACCACAGAUCAAUUUUAUAGACGUCAAAGUUGGGAAGUGAUCCGAUGUUUUCUGGCUGCUUUUAUUAGUCUGGAUGAUGAAAAGCAUACAUUGCUAAAGUUAUUUACACACAGCGACUUUGUGGAAAGCAACAUUAUGAAUUGGCCAAUAUUCCACAACAAAAUAGAUGCGUCAAGCGUGCGUGGAACUCAUUUAACAGCUCUUAUUGGCAUGUUGGUUGCUUCAGCCACGAAAGACUUACGAGACUCAGUGUGUCCAGUUAUGGCAGCUGUUGUCCGACACUAUACUAUGGUGGCGAUUGCUCAACAGGCAGGACCAUUUCCACAAAAGAAUUUCACGUCGAAUGGCAUCGAUCCAAUGGUAUUAAUUGAUGCGCUGGCCGCGUGCAUGGGACAUGAAGAAAAGGAAUUGUGCAAGCCCGGCAUAGCUUGCAUGGGAAUAAUACUCGACACUGCUGCAAACAUAAUGGGCAAUAAAGACAGGGCUUGCAAGCUACCUUUAAUGCAAUAUUUGGCAGAAAGAAUGACAGCAUUGUGCUACGAUCGCCCCUGGUAUGCCAAGGUUGGCGGCUGUCAGGCUAUUCAAUUUCUUUGCAAACAUAUGUCUCUACGUGCGUUAUACCAGCAUUUGUUUAAUUUCUUGAAAGCGUUUAUGUUUGUGUUAAUGGAUCUGGAGGGAGAUGUUUCAAAUGGCGCGCUUGACAUAACUAAAAACUAUAUGAAAACAAUGUUGGAGAUUUGCUUGUCACCCAUAAGUAUAAAUUCACGAAAUGAUGAAUUAGAAGAUUUACAAGCGAAAGCCACGUAUGAUGUAAUUCAUGAGCUCGUACGACACAUAACAAGCCCCAAUUCCAUCGUAAGAGAAGAAUCCAUGUUGUUAUUAAAGCACAUCGGUUCGAUCCAGAAAAAGACUGUUUCUGAGGUUAUGGACCCACAUAAAGAUGUCCUAGCUGAUAUUAUACCACCAAAAAAACACUAUUUGAGGCAUCAACCUGCCAAUGCACAAAUCGGACUGAUGGAUGGUAAUACGUUUUGUACUACUUUGGAGCCUCGUCUCUUUACCAUCGAUUUGACAAAUACAUACCACAAGUUAUUCUUCCAUGAAUUACUCACAUUAAGUGAAGCGGAGGAUGCGACAUUAGCUAAAUUAGAUUGCUAUAAAAAUGUGACAAACCUUAUACCAUUACGAAUAAGUGCUUUACGGGCUUUGGCAGCAUGUCAUUAUAUUAAUGAAAUUGGAUAUAAGGAAAAAAUAAUUAACAUAAUUUUUAAAGUCAUGGAGAAUGAUAAGCCUGAGUUACAAGAAACUGCCUAUGUUUGCAUGAAAACAUUUAUUUCUGGAAUUACACUUGAUAGAGAGAAGGUGCAAGCCGCAAUGCGACCUCUACUUUUAAAACUGGGCGACCAUAGGAACUUGUCCAUUCCUGCCAUAAAACGAUUAUCAUACUUUACUCAACUCUUUCCGCAAAUGUUCAAUGAAAAACUUAGCGAACAAAUACUGCAGCAUUGUGCAAAGAUCAUUGAGAUAUUUGUGGGCCAUUAUAAGUGCACUAACGAAACCGUUAACUUUUUUGCAACAUCCAAAGGAGGAGAAUAUGAACAGAAAAUUGUGACCCUCAUUGAGAUGUUUUACCACAUUACAGCAUCGUCAAAGUAUAUCGAAAAGUUGUGCCAAUUGGUCUUGCAAACCGAAAAGAAUCUAAUGAUCGAGGCAUCAAGUCCAUACCGUGAAGCACUUAUCAUGUUCUUGCAACGUUUUCCAUUGGAAACAGUUGAUCUCUUCAUGAUGGAUUCAAUAAUGAAAGACUCGCAAUGGAACCGGUUUUUCAUAUUCUUAUUAAAGCAUAAAAAUGGACAUGAAUUUCGAACUAUCAUUAAGAACUCGAAAUACGUCAUCUUGUUGGAUUAUUUAAGUUGGAAUACUGCUAUGAGUAACACCCACAAAUAUAAUGUGCAACAUCAGGCAGUGCUUAUAAUUUUUACUCUGAUGGAACAAGAUGAUCAAUGGAUUCCAACUAGACCCGAUAUUGUUGAUGCUUUGAAGAACAUGUGGCGAAAUAAUUUGUACUCAACAUGCUUGGAAAAUGUCGCUUGCGAUUUGUGGCAUUUGGUUGGCAAAAUACUUUUGCUAUAUUUUUCAAAUAACACAAAUGAUAUUGACUUGCUAUUCCAACUAUUGAGAGCUCUGUGCCUUCACUUUAUACCGGAUGUUUAUUUCUUGCGAGACUUUUUGCAAAACACAGUCGCACAAAGCUUUACUGUUAAUUGGAAAAGAAAUGCAUUUUUCCAUUUUGUUGAAAAUUUCAAUAACAAUACAUUUACUGAAGUUUUAAAAGCGAAGAUAAUAACAGCAAUUUUAAUACCUUGCUUUACUGUAAGCUUUGACAAAGGUGAAGGAAAUAAGUUAAUUGGAGCUCCGCCAACACCGUAUCAAGAAGAUGAGAAAAACAUUGUGUCAGUGUUUAUCAAUAAAGUAUUUGAUCCAGAUAAGCAGUAUGACGAUGCAGUAAGAAUUGCUUUACUACAACUCGCUUGCCUGCUCGUUGAACGCGCCUCACAGCAUAUUCACGAUGGCGAUGCUAACAAUAAAAGGCAAGGUAAUAAGCUUAGACGCUUAAUGACAUUUGCCUGGCCAUGCCUGCUCAGUAAGAAUUGUGUAGAUCCAACGGCACGCUACCAUGGUCACUUACUACUUGCCCACAUAAUUGCAAGACUUGCAAUUCAUAAGAAAAUCGUACUCCAAGUGUUCCACUCGUUGCUAAAGGGACAUGCUCUAGAAGCAAGACCCAUUGUGAAGCAGGCUUUGGACGUGCUAACUCCAGCUAUGCCGCUUCGUAUGGAAGAUGGAAACACUAUGUUAACACACUGGACAAAAAAGAUUAUUGUCGAAGAAGGCCACGCAAUACAACAGCUUUUUCAUAUUCUACAGCUAAUUAUUCGUCACUACAAAGUUUACUUCCCCGUAAGACAUCAACUGGUGCAGCAUCUUAUAAAUUAUAUGCAACGCUUAGGAUUUCCACCAAGUGCUUCUAUAGAGCAUAAGAAAUUGGCUGUCGAUUUGGCAGAAGUUAUAAUAAAAUGGGAGCUGCAUCGAAUUAAACAAGACGAAAGAGAUGUCAAAGCUGAUGAAUCUGAAGAGGAUUUAAGAGACAACCAUCAUAGUAAGCGAGUGGGAAGUGAAACCACCGAAAGUAGGAAAAAAUUCCCCGAAUCUUCGGGACAAGCUAUAGCGCAAGGCGUGGGAACUCAUACAAAGUCUGAAGACGUUCUUCGAUCAAUUGAUAAAUCAUUCUGCGAUACAGUGCUUAACUUUCUUAUACGUUUAGCUUGUCAAGUUAAUGAUGUACAACCUGGAAUUUCCUCGGGGGAUAACCUAUCAAGGAGGUGCAUCAUGCUGUUAAAACUGGCCAUGCGUCCAGAAAUUUGGCCCCAACCGUUCGAUAUAAAAAUCAAUUGGUUAGAUAAAGUUCUGGCUACGAUUGAGACGCCUCAUCAUAACUUGAAUAAUAUAUGCACUGCAAUAGACUUCCUAACGUUCCUAACUACAAUAUUAAGCUCGGACCAAUUGGUGACAAUUAUACGACCGGUUCAGCGUGGUCUUUCAUUAUGUAUUAUACACCAGAAUACAAGGAUUGUACGCUUAAUGCACAUCUUUUUAACACGACUGAUGUCAACUUUUCCACCAGAUUCACAGCACAAGCAUAACGAUUUUGAUGUUUUGUACAGUGCCAUUAGCAAAAUGAUAACAGACAAUCUAACUUUUUAUGAGAAAAGUCCUCAGCCGAACGCGUCGUCGUUAUUUGGAACCCUAAUGAUUUUAAAGGCUUGCACCACCAACAAUCCAAGUUAUAUAGACCGAAUAUUAGUUCAAUUCAUUCGAGUUCUAAAUCGACUUACAAAGGAUCACAUUAAUAUUAAUACAAGUAAUACGACCAACACCCAACCGACUGAUUCCAAUUCUCUGGCUCUUGAGCUACUGGUCUUGUCUUUGGAAUUGAUUAAAAACAGAGUUGUUAUAAUGAGUGUGGAAAUACGAAAACUCUUCAUAGGAACUAUUUUAGUAAGCCUAAUCGAAAAAAGCUCUGAAGUUAAGAUUGUGAAAUGCAUUAUAAAAAUGCUUGACGAUUGGGUGAAGAGUAAAGAAACUAAUAUUUCAGCUCAUGUUCCAUCCAUACGAGAAAAGUCGGCACUGCUAGUAAAACUAAUGCAAUAUGUUGAAAAGAAAUUUACCGAUGAGAUUGAACUGAAUGUUCAGUUUUUGGAAAUCAUUAACUACAUAUACCGUGACGAAGUUUUGAAACAAACUGAAUUAACAAGUAAAUUGGAAGGUGCAUUUCUGAAUGGUCUACGAUUUCAAAAUCCGCAUGUUCGAGCAAAGUUUUUUGAAAUUUUAGAUUCGUCAAUGCGCCGCAGACUUCAUGACAGACUGUUAUACAUAAUAUGCUCACAGGCAUGGGAUACUAUUGGUUCACAUUAUUGGAUAAAGCAAUGCAUCGAACUGCUUAUUUUGACAGCUAAUACUAUGACUCAAAUCCAAUGUUCCAAUGAAGCGUUUAAAAUUCCUUGUAUAUCUUCUGUGAUUCCAACUAACUCUACAGAUUCUCAAGAACACACAUUUGUUUCGUUUUUGUCCUCACAACCUGAAUCAUUUGAGAAUGUCCAAAGCGUUAAUGACAAAGACGACGUGUUUGAUAUUGAUUUAAAACUGGAAUUUACGUCCGUUCGCAAAGAAGAUUGCCAACAGAUACUUUCUACACGCCGUGACACGUUGGUUGAGCUGAUUUACAAACAAGCUGAAUUUCUAGAAGCAAAUCGAAAUAUACGCACAGAGCAAAUGCUUGUAGCAACGUCACAGCUAUGUCACAUGGACACACAGCUAGCCGAAAGCGUCUGGCUUGCAAUCUUUCCAAGCAUUUGGGGUAUCUUCACUGAAGAUCAACGAAUUAAUAUAUCCAAGGAGUUAAUACCCUUCCUCUCGUCUGGCACAAAUGUCAAUCAGAAAGAUUGCAGUCCCAGUACGCUUAAUACCUUUGUGGAGAGCCUCACCAAUUGCACACCAUCGAUUUAUAUUCCGCCAAAUCUUUUAACAUACUUGGGUAAAUCGCAUAAUCUUUGGCACAGAGCCAUCUUAGUGCUUGAAGACUUGGCUAUGGAAUACUCCACGCGUAGCGAUUUAAGCAAUCCGGAAGUAACUCAGCCGGAGUCCGAUGUACAAAAUUUGAAUAACAUAUAUGACUCUCUCUCCAAAAUGUACUCCGCUAUGCACGAAGAAGAUCUUUGGGCUGGCCUCUGGCUAAAAUUCGGACAUUAUCCUGAAACAAAUAUAGCCAUCUCUUAUGAACAAAUGGGCUUUUUCGAAGAAGCCCAAGGUGCCUACGACCUAGCCAUGACAAAGUUUAAACAGGAUUUGAACAGCGGCCAAAUAAAUAUUGAUGUUAACAGCGAAUUGUUGCUAUGGGAGAAACAUUGGAUGCGCUGUGCAAAGGAGCUAAAUCAGUGGGACAUUUUAUUGGACUAUGCUCAAACGAAUAGAGAAAAGAAUAUGUUCCUGAUUCUAGAAAGCUCUUGGCGCGUACCCGACUGGAAUCUUAUGAAGAAUGCCUUGUCAAAAACUGAGCAGUGUUAUUCCAAGCAAUAUGGGUUCAAGUUGAACUUAUACAAAGGAUAUUUAUCCAUUUUGUAUCAGGAAGAUCGACAGGCUGCCAGUGUUGAGCGAUAUGUCGAGAUUGCUUCCAGCUUAUGCAUCAGAGAGUGGCGGCGCUUACCAAAAAUCGUAUCCCACAUUCACUUGCCAUAUCUUCAGGCCUCACAACAAAUUAUGGAAUUACACGAAGCAAGUCAAAUCCAUCAGGGCCUAACGCAGUCGAGAAAUUCCUCUUUGCACGAUAUGAAAGCCAUUGUCAAAACAUGGCGCAACAGAUUGCCCAUUAUAUCUGAUGAUUUAUCACAUUGGAGUGACAUAUUUACCUGGAGACAACAUCACUAUCAAAUAAUAACGCAGCAUUUGGAGCAACAGUCAGAUCAAGGUAGCACAAUGCUGGGAGUGCAUGCCUCAGCCCAAGCAAUUAUUUCAUUUGGCAAAAUUGCGAGAAAGCAUAAUCUAACUGGAGUGUGCCAGGAGACAUUAUCUAGAAUAUACACAAUACCCUCCGUGCCAAUAGUUGAUUGCUUCCAGAAAAUACGUCAACAAGUAAAAUGUUAUUUACAAAUGCCAUCAACAUCUGGACGCAAUGAGAUAAAUGAAGCGCUGGAAGUGAUUGAGUCAACAAACUUAAAAUAUUUCACAGGCGAAAUGAAUGCUGAAUUUUACGCACUGAAAGGCUUGUUAUUAACGCAAAUUGGCCGCACUGAGGAAGCAGGCAAAUCGUUUAGUGCAGCAGUUCAGCUUCACGAUGGUCUCACAAAGGCGUGGGCUAUGUGGGGAGACUAUAUGGAGCAGAUAUAUCUGAAAGACAAACAAAUUUCCCAUGGAGUUAACGCUUUAAUCUGUUUCCUUCAUGCUUGCCGUAAUCAAAAUGAGAGCAAAACCAGAAAGUAUAUCGCUAAGGUCUUAUGGUUUUUGUCAUAUGAUAAUUCAAGCGACACUCUAAUAAGCACAUUUGAGAAAUAUGUAUCUGGAAUUCCGCCAUCGUAUUGGCUGCCGUGGAUACCUCAACUGCUGUGUUGCUUGGAACAAUUUGAGGGCGAUGUAAUAUUAAAUUUGUUAAGUCAGAUUGGGCGACUAUAUCCUCAGGCAGUCUAUUUUCCGAUUCGAACUCUAUACCUUACUCUAAAGAUUGAACAGAGAGAAAAGCAUAAAUCAGCUGAACAGGCGGUAUUCGCUGGAAAAUUAACAUCUUCCACUAUGGAAAAUAUGGCAUCAGUUGGUGGAAGAAAUCAAACAGGCGUUCCAUCAGUUAAUCCAAUAAAAGCGACACCGCCUAUGUGGAGAUGCUCAAAAGUAAUGCAACUGCAACGUGAAGUUCAUCCCACGAUUUUAAGUUCACUUGAAGGAAUUGUUGAUCAAAUGGUUUGGUUCCGAGAGAGUUGGACAGAAGAAGUUUUACGUCAGUUACGCCAAGGCCUAAUUAAAUGUUAUGCCAUAGCAUUUGAGAAUCGAAGCACAGUAGUGAAUGCUACCAUAACUCCACACACGUUACACUUUGUCAAGAAACUGGGAUCAACUUUCGGUAUUGGAAUAGAAAAUGUUCCAGGAUCUGUCACCUCGUCUAUAUCUCACUCGGCUGCAUCAGAGUCCUUGGCACGACGCGCACAAGUGACAUUUCAAGAUCCUGUUUUCCAAAAAAUGAAAGAGCAAUUUACAAAUGAUUUCGACUUUUCAAAGCCCGGAGCGAUGAAAUUACAUAAUUUGAUAUACAAAUUAAAAACAUGGAUAAAAGUAUUAGAAACCAAAGUGAAAAAGCUGCCGACUUCCUUUUUGAUUGAGGACAAGUGCAGAUUCUUAUCGAACUUUAGUCAGAAAACCGCCGAAGUUGAAUUGCCCGGAGAGCUGCUAAUUCCAUCAUCGUCACAUUAUUAUGUGCGCAUAGCUCGGUUCAUGCCACGUGUGGAAAUAGUACAGAAAAAUAACACCGCAGCUCGCAGGCUAUAUAUAAGGGGUACGAAUGGUAAAAUAUACCCUUACCUGGUAGUACUCGAUUCAGGGCUAGGCGAUGCUCGCCGCGAGGAGCGAGUAUUGCAGCUAAAGCGAAUGCUGAAUUAUUAUUUAGAAAAACAAAAGGAGACAAGUCGGCGAUUUUUGAAUAUAACUGUGCCGCGAGUUGUGCCAAUUUCACCACAAAUGCGACUCGCUGAAGAUAAUCCAAAUAGUGUCUCAUUGCUAAAGAUAUUUAAGAAGUGCUGUAAUAACGCUAAGAUUGACUACGAUAUGCCAAUAGUUAGAUAUUACGAGCGCCUUUCUGAAGUUCAAGCUCAAGGAACCCCAAUCUCACAUACAAUAUUAAGAGAAAUUUUCACUGAAGUUCAGUGUACAAUGGUACCAAAAACUCUGCUCAGGCAAUGGGCAUUAAAUACGUUUGCUGCUGCAACGGACUAUUGGCAAUUUAGAAAAAUGUUGACACUUCAGUUGGCUUUAUCAUAUCUCUGUGAGCACGCUCUGAAUUUAACACGUCUCAAUCCAGAUAUGAUGUACCUUCAUCAGGAUUCUGGACUUAUGAAUAUAUCAUACUUUAAAUUCGAUAUAAAUGACGAUAAGGAACAGUUUAAUCAACAUCGACCAGUGCCCUUCAGACUGACACCAAAUAUUGGGGAGUUCAUAACGAACAUUGGAAUUUCGGGUUUAUUAUCUGCGGCGAUUGUAGCGACAGCUCGUUGCUUUAUUCAGCCCAACUAUAAACUCAGUUCCAUUUUGCAAACUAUACUCAGAGAUGAAAUAAUCACUUUGCAAAAGAAAGGAUUUAGGCAAAGCAAAUUAUUGGAUGCAUCUCAGGAGCCUUCGCUUGAUAAUAAUACAAUGGAGCACACUAUUAGGGUAGUUAAUUCAGCAGUGGAUACUAUUUUAUUGCGAUUGAAUAAGAUAUCCUAUUUCGACAACAUUGAAAAGAAGAAGAUUUCGGCGCUCAUACAGUCCGCAACGAAUACAGACAACCUUUGUCGCAUGGAUCCAGCGUGGCAUCCUUGGCUGUAAAUUAAAUAUUACAACACUAUAUAUAUAUAUAAAAAUAUAAAAUACUAUAAUAUUUUAAGCU